CGAGCAGUACCGAGUAAACCAUCAAUAGUGAAACAAUAGUGAACAGUGAACUGUCCCCGUGUGUCGCAAAGUGGAAGCCCAGUGGAUAAGCUGUGUCCACCAUAAAGUGUUGUUGAAGAAUCCGGUCCAACGGUGAAAUUGUUUCUUGCGUCCACCAGAGACUUUAAAGUGAGUCCCGACGGUUGUGUUGUGUGCGAUCCGCGGGUUAAGCGUGCGAGAUUUGAUCAAUUUCUUCGAACCCCUUCGCAUCAGCAGCAGGUCCAGUAGUCAACAGGAUACACCGGCGAAGAGAGAGAGAGAUGAACCUUCUGAUACUAGCAUUCCUGGCGGUCGCGUCGCUGUCCUACUUCCCGACGCCCACGUGCGGCACGCCGGCCGCGGCGGGCGGUGGCCACGAUUCGAAGAAGUCGGUGGCGUCGGCCGAAGCGGUCCAGCCGGUCAACGAUAACGGGCUGAAGGAGAUCUGGCAGGAGGACGACCGGGAGGUGCUGAUCCGCAACGAGCGCGGCACCAAGAACAACGGUGGCGGCGGCGGUGCCGGCGCCGCCAGCGCCAGCAGCACCGGUAAGAAAGAGCGCAAGGCGGACAAGCGUCCCGCUUCCGGUGCGCACCAACAGCAGGGUUCGACCGGGGCGGGCCACGGUCCGAAGGGCCAGAAAAAGGUGAAACCGACCGAAGCGACCCGAGAUCCGGCUCCGAACUCGCAGUGCCGGUACAGCAAGGGCCCGUGGACCGAGUGCGACUCCAAGACCAACACCCGCUCCCGGACGCUGUCGCUGAAGAAGGGCGAAAACUCCUGCGUCCAGACCCGCACGAUCCAGAAGAAGUGCAAAAAAGCCUGCCGUUACGACAAGGGCGCCUGGUCCGACUGCGACAACAAUGGCCAAAUGUCGCGCACCGACAAUCUGAAGCAAACCAGUGACAACACCUGCCAGGCGACGAGAGUGGUCAACAAAAACUGCAACCAGGGCAAGUCCAAAGACAAACAGAACAAACCACCGAAGGCCGAGAAGAAGGAGAAAGGUCUCCGCAAGAAUCGCCAGUAAAUCGCCCACUCGCUCCGUGGCGGGCAGCAGCAGCAGCACAUCGCAAGGCAACCAUCUCUUCGAUUCCGUUCUUCAUUUUACGAUUUAAGCGGCCAGCGGUCAGCGGUGUCGUCGAACGAGCAUUCCCUGCUGGCCUGAGCUGCUCCCGAGGACACUAUCUCGCGGCCAAACAGCAGCGUGCGGUAGCAGCAGUGUUCCGCCUCAGCAGUCCGUCGCCGGGUGUUCGGUUUCUUUGGAUCGGAUUUUCGAUUCUGUUUUUCUACACAACACUUUCAACAUCCACAACUUCGUCGCCACCGAGAGGGCGCUCCCGGGGGCGGGUCGCCCUGGCUGCUCGCGGCGUUAUUUAUUAAGAUGACACACUUAUUAUUAAUCCGACCGACCGACAGCGGGCGGCGGGUAGGACAGAGACGGUUCUCUUCACAGGCCGAAGCGAUGGAAACAGCAGACGGGAAAAUGAUUUUGUGUAUCGUUUGUUUGAACAAAAGCAAAAAUUAAUAAUAAUAAAUCAUGGUCACAAACGUCGUAUGUGUGUCGGUGCGCCAUCCUGGCAGGGCGUGUGUGUGUGUGAGUCGGGGCUAAGUGUGUUAAGUGGCUAAGUUUGCUAGCAAGAAUGUCUUUUAACGUCAACCUCUCUCUGAUGAAUCGUGUGACUUAUGCUUUACAAUUGCACUGUACACUGAAGCCUCUCGAAAAUGAACCGAAUCAAUCCGCAAAAAAGUGGCAAAAGGCAGUGGCCGAUGCAGUCCUAUGGCGUGGAAAUUGUGGUGUCAGAAGAACAAAACUAGGAGCACCACACUAGGUUCACAGUACAUCCGAAAGUUGCUCCACGUAAUGAAAAUGAACAGGAAAAUGGCAUUGAACGCAUCGCGGCGUGACGCAUUGUAGUCGAGGACAGCUCCUCACAGUCGCCAUUCCCAUUUCUUGGUAAAAAUCGCCCAAAAUGUGCAGAAAAUCAUUUCAAUUCCGUUACUCCCUGCGACGGUUAGGGAGCAUUUUUCCGUUUUUCCAAAGUUUUCCAUGAAAAUGUAACAGCCCCCAAAAGCGGCCAAAGGUUGACGAAAGCAACAUUAACAUCCGCCCUCCUUCUGUUCACGCCGUUCCCGUCAAUACGACACGGACUGAGCCUUAACGUCUUUAAACUUGUUUGCCUAUCGCUGGCAUAAGUAAUCAAAACUCUCAUCAUAAGCCACUUUAAGCAUAAAAACCACGCCGACCGAACGCAGGAAUGACCGUACUGGCCCGAGAAAUGGGGACAGAGAUAGAGAUUACGGAUGUUAAUUGUAACAAUUGUGUCAGGUAGGGAGGCCCCGGGGAGAGAGAACCGCAUGCAUCGAACAUCGAGGUAUCAAGGACAGUAUCGGUCGGUUUCCGUGCGUGCGGGGAGCAACAUCAAAAUCAAGCAAAUAAACAUUUUAGAGGAUUCAUUGUUCCGUAGAGUGUCAAAAAGAAAGCCCUUUUCAAGUAAACGUAACAUAAGACCCUUCGCCCGGGAUGCAUAGAUAAGCGAAAUAACACAAAACCUCUGUUCUGUUCUCUUGCGGAAGGUUUUUAAUCGGUGUGGAAGCGUUUCCGUUCUGGCAAAAGUAGCACCGAUCGCGACGACACAUUCGGACCCUGUGGGCGACGCAUUUUUCUCUUAAAGGAAACCUCUUUGGCGACGACGGAACCGCUUAAUGCCAGCAGGACAAACACAUCAAUACUGGACAAAGCCAACAGCAUGCAUACCUUCCACCAUAAAUUACCGUAAAUCCUGUGGUCAACUCUCUCUUGCAUGUUUGAUGUUCGUCUCGAUAGUAACGAUUAUUGAUAACGAGUUAAGGAUUCAUAGUGAAAACGGUUGGUCGAAGCUGUCGGACGGUGGAAUGUUGAAGUAAAACUAAACCACCUUCUUCAAAACUCAAAUCGACGGCUAAGCAAAAUGGAAGCCACUGAGCGUGUGCGUCCACUAGUAUGCUGUUUGCGCGAAACAAGGAUAAUAAACACAGAGUUCAUUGAAGGAUAACAUUAUAAGUGUUUUAAACCAGAUCCUCGAAAAUCGAAACACACACACACAGACACACACAGGCAGACGGAACGACAAAUGAUCCGCAUGACAUCGUAGUAAAAUAGUAACUCGGUAAAAAAAAUAGAAGCACAAACAAGAUCCGAAUACAGAGCCAACAAGAUACAGAAACGAAGUGUAAAGGCCAAUAUUAAUUAGAUAAAAAUAUAUUAUAUAUAUACACAAACAUAUGUUAUACACCUGGACGCCACAGCCGAUACCGAGACACACCCGUGGGGGGGGGGGACGAUGGUAGAGUUUUGAACCGCAGUGAACAACCCGAUGAGACACAAUGGGCCAGCGAGAGACAGAGAGAGGAAGGGAGAGAGUGAAUGAUUCAAAUGAAAACAUAAAUCGAAGGUAAAAGAGAAACUUAUACCGAUAUUCUUAGUAUUUAACGAUUUAACGAUAACGUGACAGUUCAAACUAAGAAAUGCGAUCAUUUGUAGGAUACACAUUGGGAUUUCGGAUGUCUUUUAGAAAUUCCUUUCUCGAUUUUUGUGUUUGAGCGCCAAGGUUUUUAUGUUCCGAAACAGGACGCUUUGCUACAACGGCUUCGCAUUCUAGUUUCGGGGUUGAAAGUGAUGCGAUCAUUCACCUGCAGAAACACCUGCUUCAGUUAUUCAGUAAUGGCCUAAUUUGUUUUAAAUGAUCACACCCAUUGGACAACACUUACAUAAAACAAAUACAAUAACUGUAGCAUAAACAAUAGAACCAUAAUCGAGGCAGAUCGAGGUAACGGACAGCUGAAAAAUGAAAUUCAAAUAUCAAAUUUCUUAAUAAAACAUAUUCUUUUGUGAUAUGUUGUA